CAAAAUACAAUCGGGCAACAUUAGAAAUGAAAAACCAAUUUAGGAAACUGGAGAAGCCAAGAAGCUUCUUGACCAACAAUUCCUCAGCUUCCAACCUUUUCAAUCUUCAAGUUCUCGACUAAGCUGAACUUUGGUCUGUAAAAUUAUGUUGAAUCAGUUGUCCACUACUGGAAUCAACGUCACUUGAUGAAGAUCUCAUUCAUCCAUCCUCAACACAAAUCAGAUAAGUGACCCUCCUUUAAAUGUCAUAUAAACACUUUCAUUUUCCUCUUUAUCCUUCUCGAUGGAUUGAACCUCUAAUGAGAUAAAUACCACCACCAGGUUCGAAGUUAUAAAGAAUAUGAAAUGCUUAUAGAAAUUCAAUUGCUAGUUGCAUGCUUGUCUUGACUUGAUAUCUAUUGAACAUCUGAAAUCUCACAGGUGCAGAUAUUCAAAUCAUCUUGAAUUCACUUCAGACAUAUGUAGCAAUUUGAUGCUUAUAUUCUUAUCUAUCCGAAACUGAAAUCUGAAAGCAUUUCAUACAUGUUGGAUUUAGUAUUUUCAAUUUCUCAAUGAAUUGUGAGCUCUCUUUUCCCUCCACCUCAAUUUGUUGCGAUUAGGAUAACAAAUGUGUUGAUUUUUUGUUACACCACACAGUGAAGAAAUUUUUUUUUUUUUUAACAAUGUUGUCCCUUAUGCAUGAAGUAAAGGGAAGACAAAAAUAUUAGUUUGUCGUUGUUCGGACACCAUGGUUAUCAAUGAAGAUAAGGUUUUUCAAUUAGUUGAUAAACAUCCUUGUGGAAUUAAGAAUCUGUUGCAUUGUUUGGGUUUUGCUUUGGCAUUAGUAAAAGAUGCAUUUCAUUGGAUCUGUAUCUCUGGAAACUAUUUCGAGGAUUCAAAAGCUUUCUCUUUGGUUUCAUUUAGUAUUUCAAAAGAAGUGUAUGCAGACAUACCAUUGCCUAAGAAAUUAUUACGCUUGAAGGGCAACAUCGGCAUUGGCGUUUCUGAAUUGGACGGAAUGCUUUGUGCUCAUUCUACUUGUAAACAUUAGAGGAAGCGCACAUUUAAGUUAUGGGUAUUGAAAAACUAUGAUGUCGGUGAAUCUUGAAUUGCAUUAUUUGUUAUAGAUGCUCCGGACAUUUUGAUUGUCGUACCAAAAUAUAGGUUUAUGGAUGGUGAAGUUCUAUUCUCGUCUACCAAUUUGCUGGGUAAACCAACACAUUCAUUUUGGACAUCCAGAGGGUCAUUUGGAAUGUGUUAUGCCAUUCGAGGUGGAUUUUCUUUUACAAAAAGAGGUUCAUUUGGAAAGUGUUAUGUCAUUCGGGGUGGAUGUGCUUUUACAAAAAGCUUGCUCUCUCCAAAAUCACUUAUUUAGUAUUUGCUCAUGCACUAUCGAGGAAAGAUUUUAUUUUACUCUUAUUAGUCUUAUCUAUGGCUCAUCAGCAUUUAAGUUUCAAAAUUAUUAUGGAAACUGUCGGCUUAAUUAUUUCAGUUUCUCUAAGAAUCAAUCAGAGCGAGGGAGUAGUAACUAAGGAAACAGUGUAAUGGGAAUAUGAUAUGACCAUAUCUCCUUUUACUCAAGGAUAGAACGUGCGCCUAAUCUCUCUUCUUAGAUCGGUCUGGUACGAUGGUUCCCCUUUCCAGUUAAAGCAAUGUGUUUAUUACAAGAUUUUUGCUAGAAGUUUUAGCAUAGAGAACUUGUUAAAUUGAGUCAUUUACCGGUGACAUGAGUUUGUUGAGGUGCAGCUAGGGGACUUUUUCAGUGAAUAUCUCAAGAAUUCUCUUCUUCCUGUUAGAGUACUUUGGAAGAGUCGAGGAUUGCACAAGCUUGCGCAAAUACCACCAUCAUAAAAGAACACCCCCUCCUUGUUUUGAUAACAGUGCCAUCUCGCAAUUUUUGUUGCUUCUCCAUUAACUAGAUUUGAAAGAAUAUACUGAUACUUGAUUUAAUUACUCAAUUGUUUCAUAUAUAUUUCAUUUGCCCAUACAAUGUUUUGGAAGUAUGGAUAUCAUAUAGCCAACUUAUUUGGGAUUGAGGCUUAGAAGUGUUGUUAUAGUUUAUAAGAUGUAAUUGAGUAGGCAGAUAAAAUGUUGCACAUCUGACAUGCUCCUUUUGUGAGAUUACUAAAAAUAAAGCUAUUGAAGUUACUGUCCCUACAUCUGUGAAGUGUCAAGAAGAACUCAAAAAGGGAGAAUUUUUCUCUCUUCAAACCAAUCCAUAUAUGAUGAGGAUGGGACUGUUUCAGCGGGCUAACUGGGCUCCAAGCUCUUCGAAAUUUCUCUUACAAGAAUAGGGUUGGACAUAACAUGAAUGGGAAGUGGUUAUGAUAUCUAUGUUGUAUAGAGUCAAUUUUUUAAUGGUGUAAUGACUUUUUAAAGCAUAGAAAGCAACUACAAUUAUGUGAUUCCAGAGUAAAACGUCAUAUGGAGUUAAUGACUUUGAAGGCGAUUAUUGAGUCAAGAAACUAACUUAUCCACUUAUAUUAUACCAAGCAAGACCCAUUUGCAGUUUGCUCGCUAGUGUAUCACUCACUGGAUGAUCCAUUCGUUUUAUACCAGAAAAGAUCAUGAGAGUUCCUUAUGGGGCAAACAAAGAAUAUUUUAUAUACUCAUUAUUUAUUGUCUUCUGCAAUCGGAUUACCACAUUUGCGGUCUCUGCUGGAGUUUUACUGGCAAGUAAGAAGGCAUUGGAUCCAGUAGCUCUACUCCAUAAGUAUUGUAUAGUUUCAGUGUCUAACAUCCUUACAACAACUUAUCAGUACGAGGUUCUCAAAUAUAUCAGCUUUCCUGUUCAAACCCUGGCAAAAUAUGCCAAAAUGAUACAUGCAAUGAUCUGGGGCACUAUCAUGAUGCAAAAUAAGUACAAAGGAGGAGAAAUUGACUUUCAAAGUGAUCCAUGGCCAUCCAUAUUAAAUAGUGCCAAGGACCUUAUUCGAAAAAUGCUAACACAAGAGCCAAAGAAGAGGAUUACUUCAACGGAAGUUCUUGGUUCAUGCUAGAAGAAUCAGGUUAUCAGAGGAGAGGAGAAUCAAAUGCUCCAGAGGCAACUCCAAUAAAAGCAUGUGUUCACUUUCUUGUACACACAACUAAAGAAAUUUGAUGUUUCAUCUUCAAACCUCAUAGCCCGACAAUGUGUACAUGGAGGAACAUUUUUCAACUUGUGAACAGACGAAAUUGAUGGUAUGUAGUCAAUUUCACCUAAAUUUAUAGAGACAUUUCAAAAAAAUUAAUUAAUAAUAAAUGUAGCACAAAUCAAAUGGAUAUAUUUGUAAUUAAUAAAUUAUUAUUGUAUUAUCUUCAAUAUCAUAUCGUUUGAAAAGAGCUUUCAAGAACCAAUUUAUUCUGCAUUUUUUAUAGGUCUUUGUUCUUCAAUAUCAAGAUCUUUUGUGGAUUGAACCCUUUUGUUGGUUGCAAAGAGAAACAAAUAUUACAUGUGUUAAUGCUACACUUAAAAGUGUGGGAAAAGUCGAAGAUACACUUAAGAGAUCAACAAUUUCACAAAACUUUUGCAGACUUAUCGAUAAUUCCCGAGAAAAAUAUUGGGCUCACAGUUAUAUAUUUUGGUCUAACAAUUGAGUAGCAUGGGAUAGAAAUUGAAAUGUCGCAAUAUUUCUUCAAUUUGAAAAAUAUAGGUGGAAAAACAGACCCUAACUUCGAUACACAUUGUUUCAACAGCAUGCGACACUAAGUAGCUUUACCACAAGUUUUAUAUAUUAUAUAUAUAUAUAACUAAACACUUGUUUUACAUUUGUUCUAAUAAGUUUUGCACUUCAGUACGCUUAUGUAUUAAUUCUGUGGGAGUUCCGUUUUAGCCAGUUUUCGAUGUUGAUCUAGCUUUUCUGAUUUACUUUGUAGUCUCUUUGGAGUAGCUAGUUAGUGCAACUUACUGUGAUGGAAAUGGCACCUCUGCAGCAUCUGCUAACAUAGCAUCGUUAUAUGUAUAUUCUGGUAAUAAAAAUUCUAAUGUCAUUGCAAAUGAUGGUGUAGAGGGAUAUACUGGGUCAAUGAUUAUGAGGCCUGCAUUUUAGAACUCAUCCUUAAAUGGUUAUGGUUAUUAUGGACUGGAUACCUUGGCUGGAGGAGGUGCUUCAAGUUAGCAGGACCCUAGACUUGGUUUUGAUGGUUUGUGAACGUUUCCUCACUCCAUGGAUUCCUGGAAUGGUUAUUUGAGAUGUGGUAGACUUAAUCUUUAGUUUGUCUUCUAUUCUAAUGCUUUUCUCAUGCUUUGCUGUAUGGACAUUCCAUCUUUUUCUUUGCAAGAUCAAAAAUAUUUAUAGAGUUCUGAUAUUAUGCAGGGUCUAUAUGACAACAAAUAGUAGAGAUCUUGAUAUCCAUUGUAUUUUCUAAGUUGGAUAAAUAAAUUUUG